CUUUGUGUUUAAGUCAGCGUUUCCUGUUUCGAUUUUUUUUCCCCUUCCUGGAGCAGCUGGUGACGUCAGUGCUCACCUAGUGCAGGUGAGGAGCUGCCGGGACGCGGCGGGAGAGACCGGGAUCGACAGGGAAAACCGGGCCGGAGAGUGGGCAGCGAGCGGCUUGUAACCCGGAGUGGGCAGCGCGGGUCGCGGGAGGCGACCUCAACGGGGCCUCGCCUCCAGUAGCGUGUUAUGAUCCUUCAGUCUCAGCCAUGCAAGGCACUCGGCGGAAAGCCACAUCGCACCCAACUGACCGGAUGGCAGGAGGGAAGCUGCUAGCUCCCCCUGGUCUGCCGCCCGUCUCCGUGGACUCCCUGAGUCUGGAAGUUUACGAAGGGUCAACGCCGGAGCACAGGCGAGCCCAGAGGAAGGAAGGCAAACCGCUGGCGAAAGGUCCCAGCCGCAAAGCGGCUCCCAGAGAUUCCAAUGGGAACAAUUCGGAAAACAUCGGGUUCAUCCCGGGCUCGGCGGAGAAUGCGGACGAUUCGGGCUGGUGUGCGGCGUGUGGUUUGGGAACCUGUGUCACGUGGCAGACCUUCAAAGCGGUCUUCUGCUGCGUGGUGACUUGUGGAGUGUGCAAGGCAGACCCUGGGGGCUAUAAUCCGUGUACCAAGGCCACAGAGUCAUCGACAGAUGUUAAAGUUACUGAGACUGCCACUUUAAGAUAUGUUUCAAGCCCAACACAUGCCAUCACUAUGAACUCUGACGUCAACCCCAAAAAGGCCAACCUUGCAGGCAAUAGUUUCAAUUAUUAUGACAUCAAGUUGCGUGGGGAAGAGGUGAUCUGGGACAAGAGGAGAAGCAGUCAGUCUACAGACUCGUGUCGCAAGGAUCUGCACAUCUACAAUUCUCAGAAGUCCGAGAGUCCUGGAAGCACAUCGAAAAAUUCUCACAAGCGCCUUUCUGAUGAGUUCCCCUCCUUCCUGGAGGAGGAUCUGGAGAAUAAUGAACUGAGCGGCUCGAUGUCCAGUGCAGAGCUGGAUGAGUACAUUAACAAGAAGCUGCUGGAACUCUUCAGCAUUCACCAAAUUGACAUGUUGGCACAGUGCACGUCUGACACCACCUUCAUCAGCAAGAGCAGCGAGAUCAGCGAGCUGAUCGACAGCAUCACCAAGGGCUACAAGAUCAACGAGAAGGAUGCGGAAUGCAGGAUAGUGACCGGGAUCGUCCGGAUCAGCACCCGGAAACCCAAGAGAAACAAGCGUAAUGCACAAGAGCCCAGUGAGGAAAGACUGGUCAAUCUGACCUCGACUGAUACCAAACCUCAAACAGAGACUUUUCUGCCAAGUGAUGAUCUCAACUUGGAGAUUUCAGUCGUGGAUCCGCUCGAUUUGAAGGCAAGGCAAUUGCAGGGAUUGGCUGCCCCAGAAAUCCGAAAAGAUGAUUCUCUUCAGGACACUGAGACUGAUUCAUCAGGAACUCCGCUGCUCAAAGUCUACCUUUAAGAUCAGAGGACAGACUCUCCCCACAUUCUUUAAUGGACAGGAUGGGUGGAUCCAGGACAAUCAUGUGGGAUCUGGUGGAAAGUAUGGAGCUGAAUCGCUUCCCCUCUGGGUCUUGACUGUUUUUCAUGGUUGUGUUGUUCCUUCCUCCCCUCCCUCCACUCCUCCCCCCCUUCCCUCCCAACAAAACCUUGGGGAUUUUCACUGGUUCUCAGCUCGAUCUCCCAAUUUCCAGAGUCUGUUAUGACUGGCCUUUAAUGUGGCCAUUCUUCCAUGAGUGCCCUUCCCCCUUCCCCCUUCUCCCCUCCCUCCUCCCUCCCACCAGCCACUUCGCCCAUUCCUCCCUGAGGAUAAGGAGCCCUGCCUCGUGCAGGAGAUCUGGGUUCAGUGCUGUGGAACAAUGAGAAUUACUAUAAAUAAAGAGUGGGUCACAGGGUCUUUCACCAGGGUCUCGGUAAGUUAUCACUCAAGUGGAAGGGUUAUGGUUGGUUGUGUGUGUGUACAGUUACUUCUACCUUGCACUGGUACCUUGCUUAGCAUCCAAGAUGCAUUCCCAGAAAUUGAGUCAACACUAAAAUCAGUCUUUAUAGCACUAAAUAUAAAGGCAAGCAUAAUCAACAAUGCUGGUUUGUUGGGGUCCUAAGCAAAUCCAGCAAUUAAUUUCCCCAGGGUUCAAUGAUGAAAGGCUAUUAGAGAGGAAUGGUGUUGGAUGGGCUGUGUUGGUCUGUGUCAUUGGGGAUAGGUGGGUCUCAGGAUUGCACUCUCGACGAUACAGUGAGUGUGGGCCAUUGUUGGGGCAACCUAUGAGAUUGUCGCCAUGGAGAAAUGACUGGAGCAUGGAGUGCUGCGUAUCCAAACACAGAAAGGGUGAGACAGCAGCAUGCAUUACCUCCACAAGGUGGUGGAGAGGGAGACCAGAGGAACCUGGUGCUGUCAACAUGUGGUGCAGAUGCUUCCAGUCUCCAGCACUGACUGCACUCACCCUCCCAGCUGGGCUGAAAUCCACAUCUCCACUCCACUCCAGUGCCCAGUCCACUGCCCCAACGCCAGCCCUCCCAUGGUGAGCCUUGUAGUGAUUUAUUGCUGGAGAUACAUCAGUGGAGUGCAGGGGUAGCUGGGUUCUCCCAAGCUGAUAUGUAAAAGUGAUUGUGUGGACUGAUGGGCCAAGAGCACUACAAACAAUCGGCGUUCUGAUGGUGGCAUGAAGUAGGGUACCAGUAUAUACUCCAUUGAAUUGUUUUGGAUCACUGAUUGAGAUGCUGCAUUGUGGUGAGAAACAUCAAUGGAUUUUAAUGAAUUACUUUUUAUAUUAAAAGAAAACUGUAAAAUUG